AUGCUUGCAAUUAACUAUGCGCUGUUCUUCAUUGUUAUGCACAGCGGAACAGCAUCCAGAUGUGUGGACCAUGCUUGCAGUCCUCCUCUGGGCAACCUAGCCAGUGGUCGGAGCCUCCGCACUCUUUCAGGCUGCUGUGGAAAUAGCUCCCAGGACACCCCAUGUCCCUCUCCUCACCACGUCUGCUUUGAGCAACUCCACCCACCUGCCCACAUGGUGGACAAUCCCUUCCUGCACCCAGACACCUGGUGGAAGUCCAGGGCUAGUGCUGGGCAACAGGAUGAGAUCCAUCUAGACCUUGAGACCAAAUUCUUCCUGACUCAUGUGAUCCUGCUGUUUCAUUCCCCCCAACCUGCUGCCAUGGCCAUAGAGCGAUCCCAGGAUUACGGCCAGACGUGGGAGACGCUGAAACUGUUUGCUAAAAACUGCAUUCGGGAGUUUGGACUUCCUGACGACAGCAGUCAGGCAGGGUCUCUGUGUACUUCCCGCUACUCCAGUGCCACCACAUGCAGCAGAGGGGAGGUGAUAUAUCGGGCGCUUGGCCCGAGUGAUGGUGGAGUACUUGACCCCUACAGUCCCGAGGCCCUGGUCCAGCUGACUCUGACCAGCCUCCGCAUACGUCUCAUCAAGGCCCAGGCCUGCCAGUCUUCUUCAUCCUCAUCUUCUUCCUUGAGCCCCUCUAUGGAACCCCCCGACCCUCUCACGGUUGGGAGCGCUUUACCCUCCCUGUCCAUAUCAGAGUCCUCAGCCACACCAUCCUUUUCCAUUUACACCCUACUGGCGAGAGGAACAUGCCUGUGUCAUGGCCAUGCAGAGCAAUGUGUAGACAGUAGCAGCCAGGAGACACCAGAGGACGGCAACUUGGUUCCAGGCAGCUGUGUGUGUACUCACCACACAGCAGGGGAGCACUGUGAAAGGUGUGCCCCUCUGUACAAUGACCGUGCCUGGAGGCCAGCAAAUGGUAGCAGUGGGGAGCCACACCCCUGCCAGAAAUGUGAGUGUCACAGCCACGCAGACAGCUGUCACUUCUCCAAGAGGGCAUGGCUCUCCUCAGGGGGUAGGAGCGGGGGGGUCUGUGAUAACUGCCGACACAAUACAGCUGGGCGCAAGUGCCAGCGAUGUCGCCAUGGUUACCACCGCCAUCCGACCAUGCCCCUCAACUCCCCCUAUGCCUGCACACGUUGCAGGUGUGACUCAGUGGGGUCAUUGUCAGGCCACUCUGGGCAGAAGGGCCCGUGGUGCCACUCUAGGAGUGGGCAGUGCCCCUGUAAGCCUGGUGUUGGAGGCACCAGCUGCAGCCACUGCCUCCCUGGGUACUGGGAAUAUGGGGAGGAGGGGUGCAAACCAUGCACUUGUCCUCUGAGCUGUGAUCCAUUCACAGGUCACUGCCUUGACAGCUUCAGGAAUAACCAGGUUUUCAACGUGCCCAUUGGUGGAAAGAUUCCUGAUGUGGACAUUUUGACGACUAAUGAGGGUAAGGCUUUGUGGCCAAAGGAGCUUGCCAUCUCUGCACUGCACUACACAGGGAAAUGUAGCUGUAAGGAGAAAAAACUGAGUGUAUCUGACCUUUGUAAAACCAAACAUGACUAUGUGAUCAAGGCCAGUGUGUUGUCUGCUCAUGACAAGGGGAGCCAUGCUGAGGUUCAGGUCAAAGUUCGCAAGGUUCUGCGAUCAGGACAGGUGACUCAGGUGUCCCAGGGCACUCUUAGUCUCUAUCCCUUGUCUUGGACCAGCAGAGGGUGCACCUGCCCCAUCCUAAACCCAGGUGUGGAGUACCUGCUGGCAGGCCCUGAAGAGGCUGGGACGGGGCGACUGCUGGUCACCAUGCAGAGUGUGGUGGUGCCCUGGUCCCCUCAGCUAGGGGUUCACAUAGCAGAGGGCCUCAGACACAGCUGCCCAUGACCAGUGAACUGUGCACACCCCGGAAACAGAGGAGCACUCAGAACAG